AUCCCACCCCGGGGCUGCCGGGGGGAAGCAGGUGGCAGGCACCUCUGGCUGCCCCAUGGAUUCCGAUGUGGCCUCCACAUCCAGCAGAGCCUCGUCCCCGGAGCCGGAGGAAGCGGGCAGCCCCCAGCUCCUGUUUGAAGCCUUCUGCCGCGAGCCAGCGGCUCCCCAGCAGGGGCCCGGCGAGCCCAGCCCCGGCGGCGGGGCCGGGGGGAAGCUGCGGGGCGGCAGGAAGGAGCAGUCGGACGAACAGCAGCAGGAGCAGCGGCUGAAGGUGAACAGCCGCGAGCGCAGGCGGAUGCACGACCUGAACCAGGCGCUGGACGGCCUGCGGGACGUGAUGCCCUACGCGCAAGGCCCGGCGGUGCGCAAGCUCUCCAAGCUCGCCACCCUGCUGCUGGCCCGCAACUACAUCCUCACGCUGAGCAGCUCCCUGCAGGAGAUGCGGCGGCUGUUGAGCGAGCUCCACCCGCUUCCCCGGGUCCGCCCCGUGCCCGCCUCUCCCUCCGCCUGCUCCCCGGCAGGCGCGCCUGGGUACCUGGGCUUCCGAGCGGCUCCGCAAGAGACUCCCCGCACGGCAGCGGGGCCGCUGGGCCCCUUUUACAGACACUACUCCGGCUCGCCCUGCCUCUGCUCCUUAUGCCAGGCCGGGCCCCAGGAGCUGCCAAGAGCGGCAGCCGCCCCGGCCUGCCCACGGGCGAGCAAGUGAAGCCAGAGACUUGCCCUGGCCACACACGAGACCCAACGCAACGGCUGUCAUAGGGUCAGCGCUGCAGGACUGCUACUGCUCUGACAAGGAGAGGGGGAUAGCGCU